GCCAGAGACAGAGUGGCCUGCUCUCGUUGGUCAAAAGGGAACAUCGCAUUCUGCCUUAAGUUGUUAACUCAGCUCCCUUUUCUUAUAAGGACAAUACAGGAAGGGGAGAAAGAAAAUGGAGCCUUUGGAAAAGACGACAUAUAAAAUUGAGCAAAAGUCAAGGAAAUUUUUGAAAAGCCUUAUACGGAAGCCACCCCAGGAACUCCUGCUAGUAAUCGGAACCGGGGUGAGUGCUGCUGUGGCGCCAGGCAUCCCAGCUCUGUGUUCCUGGCGGAGCUGCAUUGAAGCUGUCAUCGAAGUGGCUGACCAGCUGGAGGUGCUGCAUCCCAGAGACGUGGCGGACUUCCGCCAAAAAGUGUCCAAAGACCGAGAUUUGCUUGUGGUUGCGCACGACUUAAUCCGAAAGAUGUCCCCGCGCACGGGAGACGCCAAACCCAACUUUUUCCAGGACUGUUUAAUGGAGGUGUUUGACAACCUGGACCAACACAUCCAGCAUCCUGCUGUUCUCCUGUCCAUCCUCCAACUCAUGGAACGGGGCACAAUGGUGCUCACCACCAAUUAUGACAACUUGCUUGAAAUCUUUGGGCAACAGCAGCAUAAACCUAUGGAAUCACUUGACUUGAAAGAUAAAGACAAGGUUCUCCAGUGGGCGAAAGGACGCCUCAGAUACGGCGUCCUUCAUAUUCACGGUUUGUACACUGAUCCCUGUGGAAUGGUGUUGGAUCCCUCUGGAUAUCGGGAAGUGACUCAGGACCCUGAAGUGAUGGAAGCACUACAGAACCUAUACCAGCGGAAAUCUUUUCUGUUCGUGGGCUGUGGGGAGACCCUGCGUGAUCAAAUCUUUCAAGCUCUCUUUCUCUACACAGUUAAAAACAAAGUGGAGCUAGAACAUUACAUGUUGGUGCGCAAAGAAAACGAAGACCAGUUUUUUAAACUGCAGGCGGAUAUGCUUGCGCAUGGCAUAAAAGCCGUAUCCUAUGGGGAUUGCUUUGGACAUUUCCCAGUGUAUCUCCAGGAUCUCACCACACAGAUCUGCAAACAAAGAAGUCCAGAUGCAGACAGGGUGGACAGCACAACAAUUUGGGGGCCCUCAUGUGCGGAUUGCACAAAGAGAAGAUUAGGGGAGAGCGGGAACAACCGGGCCAAGAAGGCAAGGCACCCUAAGGACGGUCCUGCUGAAGAUGAUGUCCUUCUGUGACCGUAUCAGACCAGUCCUUGGGAAACAGCCCCACUCUGGCCAUUUGCAUCUGUUGAGAGUCAAAGAAUGGAGAGGUGUGGACUUCUUAUGAAGUCUGCUUGGGAGGGGGAGAUCCUUACAAAUGUCAUAAACAACAAUUCAAAUUUCAGAGGUGUUCUUGGGGAAGAUCAGAUUUCUAAGUAUCUCAGGGAUGAUGUCUUGGGAAAGAGAGAGGUAUGGCCUCCAAAACAGCAUUUGGUUUUUAACUUUUGACUCCCCCUCAUCUUGUUUCAAUCCAUGCAGUGUGAGUUAAGCACAGGAAGCCCCUUUUCUCCCCCUGAAGGGCUGUGUGACACCGUGUGAGAGGAAAGGGGAACGAAACCUAAGUACAGCGUUCCAUGUGCCUCGGCAAAAACGUGACCAGGACCUUUGAAUUUUCCUGGCAUAGGACUGGGAGUUCUCAUGCAGGCAAUUGCAAAAGAUCAGUGGCUAAGUGUUAAUGUAACAAGAUUUAUACAUUAUACACACACACACACAGUAUAUUCAAAUGUGAAGAAAUUAAGUGCACAUAUUGUUUCACAUCUUGUUCAAAUUUUGUUUUCUUCAAGAACUUACAAAAAGCUGUGAAACAAUAUGUGCACUUAAUUUCUUUGAGUAAAUAAAUUCAUACAUAAUUCAGAGACAGAUGUUCUGUUGUACAUCUAUUAGAUCUGAAGAAAUGAAUGAUUGAGAAAGUUGACAAACUGUUAUAAAGCACAGCUGAAAUCAAAGACAGCAUGAAA